AUGCACGCGUUCUCCAAUCAUCCCAUCGGGUUGCUGCCGGUGGAACAGAACUACGACGCGAGCAAACCGUCGAUCCGGAAGUUUUUCGCUGGGCGAGACAUUUUCGUAACCGGCGGGACCGGCUUCAUGGGAAAGGUGCUGAUUGAGAAACUCAUCCGCUCAUGCUCCGAGCUCGAUCAUAUUUUCGUGCUGAUACGCGAGAAGAAGCAACGGUCGGUCGCCGAGCGUAUCGCGGAAAUGCAGCAAUUACCGCUAUUUGACAAGCUGCGCCAGGAGGCACCACAUCUCCUCGUCAAGAUGGUACCGGUGCGGGGUGAUGUCUCACUUAUCGGGCUCGGCCUGUCCGCUGAAGACCGGGACCGUAUGCAGAGUGUCUCGGUUAUUUUCCACGUGGCGGCCAGCGUGCGAUUCGACGAUCCACUGAAGUCCGCGAUCCUGCUGAAUACCCGUGGUACCCGUGAGCUGGUCCGCUUCGCCGAGCAGCUACCGGACUUGCGCGUCCUGAUGCACAUUUCGUCCACCUACUCGAAUCCAGACCGGUACGUCAUCGAGGAGGAGGUGUAUCCGGCGUACGCCGAUUGGCGCGAAACGAUCAGGAUCGCGGAGGAGUUCGACGAACAGACGCUCGACGUUUUGGCACCAAAAUACAUGGGCUUCCUGCCGAACACGUACGUCUUUACCAAAAGCCUAGCGGAGCAGAUUGUACACGAGUACAGGGACCGCCUGCCAAUGAUCCUGUUCCGCCCGUCGAUCGUCAUCUCGUCGAUGAAAGAUCCCAUACCGGGGUGGAUGGACAACUUCAACGGACCGGUUGGGUUGCUGGUCGGUUGCGGUAUCGGCAUUUGCCGCACCAUGUACUGCGACCCGAACAACAUCGCCGACUUUACGCCGGUCGACGUGUGCAUAAAGGCGAUGAUAGUGGCAGCCUGGAAGCGGGGCACCGAGCCAGCGGCCCGGAGUGAGAGUGUUAAGUUCGAGCUCCCAAUCUACAACUGCUGCAUCUCCAACCUGCGCAACUCCACCAUGUCGCAGAUCGUCGAAAUGGGGCGCUUGCUGUCGGAUGAAAUACCGCUGGACAAGUGCAUUUGGGCACCGGGCGGGGGAAUUACACAGAUUCGCAUACAUAACUUGUUCCGCGUGCUGCUGUACCACAUACUGCCCGCCAUCCUUAUCGAUGGAGUUUUUCGCCUGAUGGGACAGAAGCCAUUCCUGGCAAAAUUGCAGCGCAAAAUUUAUACCGCUAACGUGGCACUGGAGUACUUCAUUCUGAACAACUGGGACUUUAAGAACGGCAACUUUAUACGCUUGGCAUCAGAAAUCAAGCCCGAAGACAAUAAGGACUUCUACUAUCGCGAUUUCAUCGAGUUCGAUGUCACGCUGUACUUCCGGAAUUGCAUACUGGGAGCCCGGCGGUACCUACUGAAGGAGAAGGACGAAAACAUCCCGAAGGCGCUCGUGCACUUGCGACGAAUGAAGUUGCUAGAUAAGGUGUGCAAAACGAUCAUCAUAGUGACGUUCUUCUACAUCAUAUUAAUCCAGUUCGACCUGCUCGGUAUGAUAUUGCAUCUGACCGGUUACACGUCAUCGUACACAGCCGAGCUAGGAUGCAAAUGAUUUAAGUCAGUUUAAAGGUAACACGUUGUUUACGGGACGACCAAAAAUGUAGACAUAUUUUGCGUUGCUGUGUGUCUUAUUUGUACAAUUGGAAGGAAUAUUAAAUGUGUGAAGGAAUACAAAAUAGUUUGCUGGUU